AUGGCAGAAGCAGUUUUCCAUGCCCCCAAGAGGAAAAGAAGAGUUUAUGAAAGUUAUGAGUCUCCAUUGCCAAUCCCUUUUGGCCAGGACCAUGGUCCUAAGAAAGAAUUCAGAAUAUUCCGUGCUGAAAUGAUUAACAACAAUGUAAUUGUGAAGAACGCAGAGGAUAUUGAGCAGCUGUAUGGGAAAGGCUAUUUUGGAAAAGGUGUUCUUUCAAGAAGCCGUCCAAACUUCACAAUUUCAGAUCCUAAGCUGGUUGCCAGAUGGAAAGAUAUGAAGACAAACAUGCCUAUAAUCACAUCAAAGAGGUAUCAGCGUAGUGUAGAAUGGGCCACAGAGCUCCUGCGUAGACAGGGGCAGGACGAGAGCACAGUGCAGAGAAUCCUCAAAGAUUACACAAAGCCACUUGCGCAUCCUUGUAUAAAAAGGAAUGAAGAGGCUCACUUGCAUCAUGAGCUUAACUCUGAAGUGGUUUCCAACAUGGAAGACACAAUGGGGAGAGAGAAACUUCCUGUGAUGAAUGGAGACUCAGGAAAGUCAGGCAAUGUGGAGGAUCGCAAUGCGCGAUCACUCUGUCUUCAGGGGGCCACUGGGCACCACCCACUAACUACAAACAGCUUUGACGAACACAUGGUAGAGGAUGCUGCACCUCUCCCCCAAGUCCACUGCUCCAGACAUGACACUCUCAUGCCUGAGUGUGGCGCCCAGCCUGAGGAGGGCAGCCAGGGAGCAGGUCUCAUGUGUGCUGGAGAGAGAGGGCCCGACCAUGAGUAUGUGCUCGUGGAGGAAGAAGAGGCGGUGUGUGAUGGGAACAAGAGGGAGGACAUCCCGAGUGAGCAAUCGGUGCAAAGAAAGAGAUUGAUAUGCAGAAGAAAUCCAUACAGGAUCUCUGAGUAUUUGCAACUCACCCUAGAAGAGGCCUUCUUCCUGGUCUAUGCUCUAGGAUGUCUGAGUAUUUAUUACGAGAAGGAGCCUUUAACAAUCGUUAAACUCUGGAACUCUUUCACUGUCAUUCAGCCCACAUUCAGGACCACCUACAUGGCCUACCAUUACUUCCGAAGCAAGGGCUGGGUGCCCAAAGUGGGACUCAAGUACGGAACAGAUUUAUUACUGUAUCGGAAAGGCCCUCCAUUUUACCAUGCAAGUUAUUCUGUUAUCAUUGAGCUAGUCGAUGACCAUUUUGAAGGCUCACUGCGCCGACCUUUCAGUUGGAAGUCACUGGCUGCCUUGAGCAGAGUUUCAGUCAAUGUCUCUAAGGAACUUAUGCUGUGCUAUUUGAUUAAACCCUCUUCCAUGACCGAUAAAGAAAUGGAGUCACCAGAAUGUUUGAGAAGUAUUAAAGUUCAGGAGGUGAUUCUAAGUCGAUGGGUUUCUUCGCGAGAGAGGAGCGACCAAGACGAACUUUAAUGAUUUGACCCCAGAUUUCUCAUUCGUCAACUAUUUAUUGAGUGUCCUACAAUAUGCCAAGUUCAGAGCUAGGUAGAAAGUCUUCUCAUUGUAAAUGUCCAUUAAUUAAAAAAUUUUAGGGACCAGCCCGUGGCUCACUCGGGAGAGUGUGGUGCUGAUAACACC